GUCGGCCGAUGUUGGCCGUAUGCUACGUGUGCCAGCUCUCCAUAUCGCAGCGCUCGUCCUGAGCUGCGCCAAGGUCCUAUCUACCCUGUGCUGUUCAUUUUCCUCUAAAGGCUGGAGCCACUGUAGAUGUGCAUACAGCUUCGCGCUCGACCGCAAGCACGCCAUCGCUGCGAUUCAAGACAAUGGGCAAGUUCCUGAGGCGCCACUUCGGCCGCAUGCGCCGCAUCAGGCAAGCGCGCGCGCGCAACGCCCUGCAAAAUAGUUGGCCGCACUACGCUCCCGAGCUCGUAGAGCUCGAGCAGAUCCGACGCGAGGACGCCGCCUGGACGCCGACGACGAGGAAGCCGCGCGGCGCGGCCGUCGGCGAGUCCAGCGACGACAGCGACGCGGAAGCGGAAGACGAGCCGCUGGCGGCCUUCGACCUCUACGCGGCACUAGGCGUCCGCAAGGGGUCCAAAGGUGUAUCAGGAGGGCGCUCGAGAUGCUUUGCCCAGUUCCACAGUCGAUCUGCAAAGCUGGACCCGGAGCGGUUUCGCGACGCGGUAGACUACGAUCAAGACGCUUGGUUGCAGUAUCGGCGCGUCGCCCUGGCCUUCGUGGUCUUGAGCGACGAUGCGCGGCGGGAAGUCUACGACAGCGCCGGCUACGACGGUUUACGAAAGUCGGAGUCGUACAGCGAACUCUCAGUGUUCGACCUGGACGCGAUCGGUAUUUUCGACGACUUCUUCGAAGCGCUAAACCCCUUGACAGGUGCGGAAGAUCCGGAGAUCAAGGAGUAUCUGCUCCUGAGCGCGGCGGACGACGACGCGGGCGACGAGGACGACGACGCGCUACCGGUCGUCGUGCGGAACGGCUCAUCACAACGUAGAGAGGAUCCCGGAUCCUUCCCGCGGCCGCCUCCUCAAGCAGCUGCGGCCUCAUUAGCGCUCUCGGACACGGUCAUGCGGAGUCGGAGACCCCAGUACCCCGGCGCGGACGCGUGGGCGAAGAUUAAGAAAUAGUAAACACACA